GGAGGCGUUACUCAUUAUGAUUAGUAUACUGCGCAUGCUUGAAAACAUGCCUUGAGGGAUCAUCCUGUUUCCUGAGGAUUCACAGGCAUCCUCACGCUAUACACUACCCGGAAUGAAAUAUAAUUUAGAUAUGAUAAAACAAUAAUAAACGAUGUACAAGUUAAAGGUUUCUAAAAAAGUUUUUAGUGGAAUUACUCAGCAGGUAUAUUCAUAAUGCAGAAUUACUAAAGCCUCAGACAUUAAAGUAUGCUACUAAUCCUCACAUGCCUGAAGCCUGGGUUGCUGCUGCUAGGAAGGUAUUAAAAGGCAAGGAUCCUUUAGAAGUGUUGGGCUGGCACACUGCUGAGGGAGUAUUAGUGAAGCCAUUAUAUUCUAAAGAAGAUAGUAAAAAUAUUCCAGAUGAAUUACCUGGCUCCUUUCCAUACACACGUGGCCCCUAUCCCACCAUGUACUCUCAAAGACCUUGGACUAUACGACAGUAUGCUGGAUUCAGUACUGUGGAAGAAAGUAAUGCAUUCUACAAAGAAAACAUUAAAAUGGGACAGCAAGGACUCUCAGUUGCAUUUGAUUUAGCAACUCAUUGUGGAUAUGAUUCGGACAACGAGAGAGUUCUUGGAGAUGUGGGGAUGGCCGGUGUUGCUGUCGACUCUGUGGAGGACAUGAAAGCUUUGUUUGAAGGCAUCCCUUUGGAUAAGAUUUCAGUCUCUAUGACGAUGAACGGAGCUGUUAUUCCCGUUUUAGCCAUGUUCAUAGUAGCUGGAGAAGAGCAAGAUGUUAAAAAAGCUCAACUUUCUGGUACUAUACAAAAUGAUAUCCUUAAAGAAUUCAUGGUGAGAAAUACUUAUAUCUAUCCACCUGAUCAUUCUAUGCACAUCAUUGGAAACAUAUUUGAGUAUAUAUCAAAAAAUAUGCCAAAAUUUAACUCUAUCUCCAUAUCCGGAUACCAUAUCCAAGAAGCUGGUGCCACUGCCACUCUUGAACUUGCAUUUACCAUUGCUGAUGGUCUUGAAUAUUGUAGGACAGGAUUGAAAGCUGGCUUAACUAUUGAUGAAUUUGCUCCUCGUCUUUCUUUCUUUUGGGGCAUAGGCAUGAAUUUUUAUAUGGAAAUUGCAAAGAUGAGGGCUGCCCGUCGCCUGUGGGCUCAUUUAAUAAAGGAGAAGUUUUCACCCAAAGACAAAAAGUCACUUAUGCUAAGAACACAUUGUCAGACUUCAGGUUGGUCUCUUACUGAACAAGAUCCUUACAACAACAUUAUUCGCACAACUGUUGAGGCUAUGGCAGCAGUAUUUGGUGGAACACAGUCUCUUCAUACAAAUGCUUUUGAUGAAGCCUUAGCUCUUCCUACAAAAUUUAGUGCUAGAAUUGCUCGAAAUACUCAAAUCAUCUUGCAAGAAGAAACUGGAAUACCUCAUGUCAUUGACCCUUGGGGUGGCUCCUACAUGAUGGAAUCUCUUACAAACGAGUUGUAUGAAGAAGCCUUGAAAGUUAUUAAAGAAGUAGAAGAAAUGGGUGGAAUGGCUAAAGCUGUGGUCAGCGGUAUGCCCAAACUUAGAAUAGAAGAGUGCGCUGCUAAAAGACAAGCUUGCAUAGACAGUGGAAAAGAAGUGAUUGUGGGUGUGAACAAAUAUCAGAAGGAUAAGGAAGAUCCCAUCGAAGUUUUAGUUAUUGAUAAUACAAAAGUGUGCAAAUUGCAGAUUGAAAAACUGAAAAAAAUUAGAUCAACUAGGGAUGAGAUGCGAUGUCAAAAUGCAUUAGCUGCCAUUACGAAAUGUGCCGAAACUGGUGAAGGUAAUUUACUUGAACUUGCAGUUGAAGCAGCAAGUGCUCGAGCUACAGUUGGAGAGAUUACUCAGGCAAUGGAAAAGAUAUUUGGAAGGCAUGUGGCUGCUGAUAGAUUAGUUUCUGGUGCUUAUAAAUCAGAGUAUGGAGAUCUAAACGAAUUAGAGGAUGUCAGAAAAAGAGUGGAACAAUUCUUAGAAGUGGAAGGAAGGAGACCCCGUGUUUUGGUUGCAAAAAUGGGCCAAGAUGGCCAUGAUCGUGGAGCUAAAGUAAUAGCUACAGGAUUCGCUGAUUUAGGUUUUGAUAUUGAUAUAGGACCUUUAUUUAGAACUCCAGAAGAAGUUGCCCAACAGGCAGUAGAUGCUGAUGUACAUGCUGUUGGUGUUAGCAGUUUAGCAGCUGGCCAUAAAACUCUAGUUCCUCUACUAGCUAAAGCCUUGAAAAAUCUCAACCGAGAAGACAUCAUGAUAUUUGUGGGUGGAGUUAUACCUCCUCAAGAUUAUGAUUUUCUGUACAAGGCAGGUGCAGCUGCUAUAUUUGGUCCAGGAACCAAAAUACCAGCUUGUGCAAUGAAAGUGGUGGAACUCAUAUCGAAAUCCAUCCAAGAGAGAGAAGCUGUCAAGUCGGCAUCUGGGCAAUAAAUCUCAUUCAAGUCUUUUCUUUAUUCUGAAUUUAUCUUACGAUUUGACUUUUUUUUAUCAAGUUAGAUAACAUUGUCUAAUUGAAGAUAUAUAAUGUAAGCACUGACUCUUGCCAUUAUUACUACUUGAUGCAAUCACUACUUAUGUUCUAUACAUUGAAUUUUUCAUGUAUGAAUUGUUUUAUUCUCAUUCUUAUUGUAAACUAAAUUUAAUGAUAUUUUUUUUUGAUAGUUGAAAUUGUGAUAUAUAUUUUGCAUUUAUUAUUACUUAAACUGUAUUUAAAUAGCACUAAGAUACUAUAGUAGAAAGUCUACAAAAAAGUAGUCAUACUAUAAAUCUACAAAAAAAGUAGUCAUUAAAUGACUGAGUGCAAUUUAAUUUCAGGGAUUUCAUGUGUUUUAAGUAAUUUGCUUAUGAGAGUUGAAAUUCUUCUAGAAACAUUAUUGCCAAAUUUUGAUUUUUACAUAUUAACUAGCUUUGUCAAAAUCUCAUUGUUUUGCACAUCAAUAUUCCUGUUAUUUAAAAUGUUUUUUUAUUAUAUUUUUAUAGUUUAUUUUGUUAUUAUUUUCAACGUACCUAUACAUCCUUUUGCAAGAAAAACCUGUAAUAAGAAGAUUAACUGAAAAUGAAUAUAUUAGGUUGUGUUCAGUAAAUUCCGAUACUGUCUAUUGCAUAGAUUAUGUUGUCCGUUGGUUUGAAAAAAAAAUUUAAAUUAUACGGACAGAAAUAUGCAGUUUAUAUAAGUAUUUUAAUACUAUUUAUAUACUAUAUUUUAUACUAUUUUAUUUUAAUUAAAAAUUAAAUAACUUUUUUUUUGUCAAAUAUACAAAGAAUUUUUGCUUCAACUGUCUUGAUUGUUCCAAAACAGAUUUCCUUAACUCUAAAAAAAUGUGGAAAAUAAUUUUUAGAUCUGUUAUUAUUAUAAUCAUGUUGAAUUUUUCCCUAUUGAGAAAUGUGUUUUUUAUAUUUAACAUAUUUGAUAUAUUUUUAUAUACAAAGCAUUUAAAAAAUAAUAAAUGAAUUUUUGUAAAAUU